CUUGAGUUUGCUGUCUGCCAUUACUGGCCCCUCGCAUCGAAGGUGUGGACCGUCUGUCGUGCGUGGAAACUCUUUAAAACAAGAUUUGCUCCUGAAAAGGUCACAAUUGUCUUCCAAUGAAUGUUGAGAUGCAAAGACUGUGGUGCCUCUGUGUCACGAAGAUCUGAGCUUCUUAAACAUUAUAUGCUUGAACACAGACAUUAUGGACGCCGCCAUUCCUAUCCAUGCAUCCAUUUAAACUGUCCGUGUACCUGCAAAACUUGGAAGGCACUUUGGCCCACUUGUCAAGAUCUCAUCAGCCAUCCUCACAAACUGAACUAACCACAUUUAAAUGUCUCUUAUGCAACUGCAAUGAACGUUCAACUUUAACAGACUAUUUUCAACAUAUAGCUCAGCAUCUGAAAAAUAGUGAAACUGUUGAUUGUGUGUUUCAGGGGUGUUCGUACAGAACAAAUAUUUAUGGUUCAUUUCGGACUCACAGAAGCAGAAAUCAUAAGAAUUGCUCAGUACAUGACUUAAAGCCUGAAAUAGUAGAGAAACAGGGGUCAAGUUUAGGUGUUUCUGUUGAAAGUGAUUGUUCUGAUAGUGUUGGUUUUGAGCCCCCAGAUUUAAGUGCAGAGGACUUGGAUGAUUCAAGUUUUGAUUUAAAUGACUUGACACAUAAUGUUGAGCUCAAAGUUGCCUCUCUCUUACUGAAGCUAGAACAUAUUUAUCUUGUGUCUAGUGUUGCUGUUGAUGAACUUUUGCAAGAGUUUGACUAUUUAAUUAGCACUGCUUCUGUCCCUCUUAUCCAUCAAACCAUAUCUCACCACUUACGGAAUGGCAACUGUCAAGUAGAUGAAACUGUUCUGCAAGAGUUAGCAUCUACUAUUUGCAAGUCAAAUCCAAUCACAGCAUCAUUUAGUGGUCGUGGCCCACUUUCCACUGCCUGGAAGCGAAAGGCGUACUACAAAAAACAUUUUAAAACAGUAGAACCUACAGAAUUUGUACUCGACUCCCAAAACAAAAAAUCAUUUCAAUACAUCUCUAUACUAAAAUCGUUACAGCAGAUUCUAAGUUGUCAGACUUUUCUAGAUCUGUCAAUCAAUUUGAAAUCUCCUCAUCAAAUUCAAUCUGAUAGAAUUCAGUAUAGGUGCUUUUAUGAUGGUAGUAAUUAUAAAGAAAAUUUGCAGUUGUCAAAAGAGUGUGCAAUUUCACUUAUUUUGUACGUAGAUGAUUUUGAAGUCUGCAAUCCCCUUGGUACCUCGAGAAAAAAACACAAAAUCUGUGGGGUAUAUUGGGCAUUAGGAAACUUACCUGCUAGUUGUCACUCAUCACUAUCUAAUAUAUAUUUAGCUGCACUUAUUCGUAGUGAGGAUGUCAAGUGUUAUGGUUUUGACAGUGUACUGAAGCCCUUAAUAGAUGAUCUUAUCACAUUACAACAACAAGGACUGUUUAUUGCCAAGUUGGGGAAAACUGUGAAAGGCUUUGUUCAUUGUGUAGUAGCAGACAAUCUCGGGGCCCACGGUAUCGCAGGUUUUGUGGAAAAUUUUUCAGGUAAAUAUUUUUGCAGAUUUUGUACAGCAGAAAAUGUAGACAUUCAAACAAAAGAAGUCAAGUCUGGAGCAUUCUGUUUAAGAACAAAGGAAAUUCAUACCUCUCAUCUGAGAGCUAUUGAAGAAAAUUCAUUGAAUUGUCAUUUUGGUGUAAAAACAAAGUGUGUGCUGUCAGAAAAUCUGUCAUAUUUCAGUGUGACAGAGAGUUUUCCCUCAGAUAUAGCUCAUGAUCUGUUUGAAGGAAUUAUCCCAGUUGAGAUUGCUCUUUGUCUUGAUGUACUGAUUUCUAAAAAAUAUUUUACAUUAGCCAAUUUGAAUGAAGAAAUAACAACGUUUCCAUUUAAGUGGACUGAUAAGACAAACCGCCCCCAUCUUGUGCCCCUCACCUACACUACAAAAAGAACAAUUGGAGGAAAUGCACAUGAGAAUUGGAGCCUGUUGAGAUUUCUUCCUCUCUUGAUUGGAGCCAGAGUUCCUUCAAGUGAACCAGCGUGGCAGGUCCUGUGUGAAUUAAAAGACAUAGUAGAACUUGUUGUUGCACCUCUUCAUACUGAGGACUCUAUUUCUUAUCUAGACUUCAAGAUAUCCGAACACAGGGCAGUAUUCCAAGAGGUUUUCUCCCAUGAAAGAAUUCGGCCCAAACAUCACUUCUUGGAGCAUUAUCCCCUGUUGAUCCGCCAGUUUGGCCCCCUUGUUGCACUAUGGACUAUGAGAUUUGAAGCAAAACAUAGCUUCUUCAAAAGAGUAAUCCGUCAUACAAACUGUUACAAAAAUGUAUUGUAUUCAUUAGCCCAGAGGCACCAAUUUCAAACUGCAUAUAAUCUGCACAUGUCUGGAUUUUCUAAGCCAUCUUUGGAGGUUACUGAUCUUUCAACACUUCCCCUUGAUGUUCUGAAUGAGGAUAUUGUACUGGCAGUCAAAGAGAAACACCCACAUAUGGACACUGUGAACCUUGCAAAAAAUGUAUCCUACAAUGGUUACAACUACAGGACUGGAAUGGUGGUAGCCCAUGGGUCGCUGGCUGGACUUCCAGAGUUUUGUGAAAUAGUUCAGAUGAUUGUGCUACAAGAGACACUAUUUUUUAUUGUCAAAAAACUGAAUGCCUGGUACCUGGAGCAUUAUCGAGCCUAUGACUUAGUCGUAUCUGCUACUAAAGAACUACGGCUUGUUGGGGUGCAAGAACUGACAGAUCCCUACCCUCUGGCUCACUACAUGGUUGGCGGACGGCGCAUCAUCUCUCUGAAGAGAUACAUGUAUAAGGUUGUAUAUGAAUGGGUGUAGGUUUUCUCAAUUAAUUUUCUCAUUUUUUCACUUGCUUCUGUUUUAUUAGUCUAUUUAAUUGUCAGAAAAAAAUGCACCCAGUUUGCCAAGAAUGUCCCCUUUUCCUCUAACAGCUCCUGACCUAAUUCUAAUGAAAUAGGCAUAUUUUUUUUGAAGGUAGCAUUAGGCCUUAGCAGUUUGAUUUUCACAAAUAUUGGUAAUUUCCUUUCUCUUUCAUUCAUUCAUUCAUUCAUUAUUUCAUUCAUUCAUUCAUACAUAUUCAGUUCAUAUUUACUGUGAAAUGUCUCAUUUUUUCACCAGAAUUUUGACUAUGAAUUGGCUCUAAGUUAUGGCUAAUUUUGUACCACACCUAAUACUGU